GGCGGGCGGCGCGGGCUCCCGCGGGGGGUGCGUGACGGCCGACUCGGGGCAUCCGGCGGCGGCAGCGGGACAGGGCUGCGGCCCGCGGCACUAUCCCGAGUACCGAGUCACUGCGAGCGGCUGGAAUCCAGGACUCCGCGCGGGACUGGGAUGGGCUGGGCUGGUCGCGGACCGGGCUCCUCUCGGAGGGAGGGAGCUGGGGGCUGCUCGCCGGGGUGUGAGCGUGCGCCGGCGGCUCUGGGACUUUGCACAGCGAAUCUGAUGGUGGGCGUUGGUGUCCGGGAGGGCGUGGGUGGUCUCCGUGCACCUGCAGGGAGCGAGGUUGUGGAUUUGUAGUGUGUUGCCUGGGCAAAGUGUUCUGUGAAUAACAGGGCAGCACCUCCCCGCCCACUCGUUCCCCUUCCUAUGCACUUCACAGGAGUGAGUUCGCCCGAGCCACGGAGUUCCUGUUUAGUCUUUUGCAGAUAACGCUGAGACAGAAAGGUCAAGUAACUCUCCUGAAGUCACACAGCUAUUUCAAAUGCAGGAUGUCUCACACCAGGACCGCGCCAGGGCCAUGGUGUGGGGCAAGAGCUUCCUGUCACCCCACACCUCCCAGCAGGAAGGUGGUGUGGAUCCGAGGCAGGGUCAGUCUGGGCCCCAGUCCCUGGUUCCUGGUGAGCUUCCUGUCACCCCACACCUCCCUGCGUGCCCAGAUCGGCAUUGCAUCUGGAGCGUUCCGAAGAGAAACACAACCUGGGGGCGUUGGUAACAGCAGGUGAGACAGCCUUGUCCUGCCCUGCUGUGCCGUGUUGCAUCCACUAGAAAGGGGCCUCCUGUUCUGACCCCGGCCCCUGCCCUUGAGAUGCAGCUGGCAUGUCCCUGUGGGCAUCUCCCAGAGCAGGUCCAGGGGUGAGUGGGCCACAGGCCUGUUUGCACAGGUGCCUUCUUCGAGGGAGGGAACAGCCCACCACCACCUCCUGCCAGACCAGCUUCCUUGAGCAUAAACCUGACCCUGGGUGACCACGCUGGGCUCCUUCACCUUAUCUCACCAGAGGCUUCUGCUGGUCCCACAGUCAACCUGCGGAGUGAGGUCUGGGCCAGGAGUGCUCUGCUCAGACAAGGAACAUGCCCAGAAGCCUCCCCCGCUAUACUGGCCCUGUUCUGUGGGGGCUCGUUGGUCUGUUGGGGUCUUGGGGGCCAGGUGGGAGUGUGGGUGUGAGUGUGGGUGACCCUUCCUUAUGUGGCCACCCUUGGCCCUAUCAACCUGUCUGCAUCCAGGACACCAGCACAUCCCUGACCCCAGCUGUGGCUGCCAGUGAGUUCCUGUGCCUUCCUCUCCUGAAGUUUGUGUCUUCUCCCAGGUCUGAUACCAUGUGGAAAGUCUGCUCCUGGGGUCAGCUGGAGGCCAUGUGGACUGGCCCUGAGUGCCCACUGUCUGGCUGCAGCCCUGACCCUACUGCCCGUGUGUGGGCUACUAGGUUCACCUGCACCUGACCCUCCUUCUAGGUUCGCCUGCACCUGACUCCCUGAUGUUCACACAGUGAUUUGGGGAGGGAGGCUGGGGAGGCGCAGGUCUGCAUGGCAGUGCCUCUCAGGGUCUGAGGCCCUUGGGCCAGGCCUCUCCUCUGACCUGGGCCAGCAGAGGGGCCUCCUUUCCCUUCCAAGAGCCCUCCCCUGUUCACCAGCAUCUCAUCAUGCUCAGGCCCACAGUGUGGUUAAGGAGGGGCAUGGGGCUGGCCCUGGGUUUCUGGAUGGGUGUGGCGGCCUACCCGGGCCCAUGGUGUCUUCCAGAAAAGACCCUGACUGGGUCCAAAGCUGGAGGCACCCCUCUAUCCUCACUGUCCACUCCCUGAUGUUCUGGAGGUCCCUCCAGGGGCUGGGUGAGGAGGCCUUCCCCACCACCUCCUUGUCUUCCUGGGAAGCAGGCACCUGUUCAGAGGCCACUUUCCCACAGGAGCAGGCUCCUCACUCCCAGCAUCACCCUUUUCCGCGGGGUUGUGCCCCUUCCUUGGUCCUGUCCACUCACACACUCAUAUCCUGUGUCCACUCACACACACCCGUGUCCGUGUCCAUGUUCACACCUGUUCUGUGUCCACUCCCACACCUGUAUCUCGUUCGUGUCCACUCGCUCACACCUGUACUGUCCGUGCCCACUCACACAUGUCCUGUAUCCACUCGCUCACACCCGUGUCUCAUGCCUGCUGGCUUACACCAGUCCCGUGUUCACUUGCGCACCUGUGUCCCAUGUCUUGUGUCUGCUCACACAUCUGUGUGAUCACUUGCUCACACGUGUCCUCCACUACCACACCUGUGUCCCAUGUCCACUCACACACCUGUCUUGGCCAGGGACACCUGGGCCCCACUCUCCCCUGCACUCCUCAGGCUGGCGGCAGAGGCCAGAGGAACAGAGUUUUGGCGCUGGAAUCAUCCUGAGCAAGGCAGGGACCUGGCGGUGUGGACUUCCCCGCCCCUCCUCCGGCCCACCGAGCCCCGCCUGCCUGGGCCUUGGUGCCUCUGUCGCUGCUCCGGGUCCCCAUGCUGGGGCCCCUCCGCCGCUGGGCUGAGGCUGGAGCCUGCCUCCCGCCACCAGAGGGAGGAGGUCAUAAAUAACCCUGGGGCUGCCAUGGAGCAGACGGUGACCCCAGACGUCCUGGGGGAGUGUGGGGGCGCCAGGGGCCGCUGCCCUAGCCCGCACACCGCCUCCGCCAUCCGGGAGUGCCUGCCCAGGCUCCCCAGCAUUUCUCUUAGAGCCCUUCUCAUCCAUCCCCUCAUCAAUCAAUCAACCAUUUAUUGAGCCCAGAUGUGGUACAGCCCCAGCCGGAGAUGACCCAGAGGUGGGGUGGGGAGGAGAGAGAUGGGGAAGCCGAGUCCGGGGCCACAGGUGCAGCCAGGAGGUGCAGGUGAGCAGCGCUCAGGCCAGCCUGUCAGCCUCAGUCCUGUGCUUACUUCUGGUGAUGGAGGGAGAUAUACUGAAAAGAUCCUGCAGCCUGCAGGUGUGGCACAGCUGAUCUUGGGCCAAGGAUGCACAGCUGUGUGUGUGCCUGGCCACCGGCAAGGGCACGCGGGCUCAGAAGCACAGGUGUGCCCACACCCUGCGUGCCCAUGUGUGGCGCAGCAGCUCCCGAUGCGCGCAGGACACACACACACAGCACAGACAGACCCUCCCAUGGCCACACGGACAAAGAUGGCUUCACUAUAGACACCGGGGCAGACAGGAUGUGCACUGCUUUCCAAGCCUGUGCGCAACACAGACCCAGGGCCUGUGUGCAUCAGCACCGCACGGACCCAGGCACACGUGAUCCUCAGCCAAGGUGGCCUGUCCAGUCCUGGUGCUGUUGGAUGGAAAGGCUAACCCGGGAGGUCAGGGGUCGUGGUAUAUCAGCUGGGCUCCCUCAGAUGCUCCUGCAGAAGUGGCCAGGACCUCAGGAACACACCUGCUCCUGGUCAAGACAGGAGGGGCUGCCGUGAUGCAACUUGCCCGUGCCUUUGGGUGCUGUGAGCUGGCUGCGCGCCACGUCAUUUCGAGGACGCAAGAAGGUGUUUCCAAGUCCAGUCUGUCCACCGACCUGAACCUUUACCAUUGAAAGAACAAAGGGGUGGGGCCCGAGGGGCCCUUCCCUGCCGUCCCGUGGUGUGUAGUCAGGGAUGCUCCUGCAGACACACAGGUGGGCUCUGACUGCCAGAUCGCAGGGGCGGUGCCGUGGUCCUCACCUGCCAUGUCACUAGCGUGCUGACGCGGACACCGGCGAGAGCGAGAGUGCUCGGCCCGGCACAUCCCAGACAAUUCCUCUGUAAAUGGUGCAGCAGCCAGAGGCCCCAGCACCUUGAGGUUAAGCAAAGAGAAGGAAUAGAGUUCUCCAGAGCCCCAAGGAGCGGGAGGUUCUGUCCCAAUGGAUGGGCUCAGCCAAUUUCACCCUCUCCUCCCCCUGCCAACACUGUGGCCUGCAGCCUGGACCUGGCCAGGGUUGUGGAGGGGACCAGGGGAUGCAGCUGCCACCUGCUGGGUGGACGUGGGCCUAGGUGGUCCUCAGCCCUCAUGACAGGAGCCCCCGAAGCACUGUUGGGGCACCCUCUCUGACAUUGGGUGGGAGACUCUGGGAGCCGAGUGCAGAGCCAGGGCCCAGCACGCAGGCCUUGGGCUCCAGUCCGUGUGCCCCACAUCUGGAAUGUGCCAGCAGGGCCCGGUGCGAGAGAAGAGUGGAUCCCUACAUGAGUGAGGGUGGAGGGAUGGUGCCUCUGCCACGGCCAAGGUGCCGCCGUCCACGUCAGCUCACUCUCAGCACAGAUGCUGUGUGACGGCCUCGGGCCACGCCGCUUGUUCUGAGGCCCCUAGCAGGUCGGGCUUGUGCUGGCUGCACAUUGACUGGCUGGUGAGCUUGGUGGGUCUGUGGGCACGGAGAGACCAGAACGUGCGUAACAGGCCCGAUGAGGGUGCCAGGCUGCGGCGAACCCCGAGCUUCAGAGGAGAGGGGCAUCAGCCGGGGGCCCUGCACAGGCAGCCUCAGCUGCAAGGAGCUGGAGCCCAGGCCACCUGGGGAGGGGCGGGGUGCCGUGGCUGGAAGUUGCUGUUCUCAGACCUGGUUCUGAGACCCUCUCCAACUGCAUGGGGGUGGUCCAGGCUGGACCCCAGAUGUGAUGGUGUAUGUGCUGGGAUGGGAGCCCCCCUGAGAGCAGGGCUUUUGUUAAUUCAUCGGCAGUCCCACAUGUCUGGCACGAGAUAGGUGCUCAGUCAGUGAAAACCACACACGGGAUCUUCCAUUGUGUCCAGGGGAGGGUGGGCCCUGCUCGCAGCCAGACUCCUAGCCCUGGGCAGCCCUGCUGCCUGACUGCUCCUUCCACUCCUACCACCUGCCCAGGUGGGACUCUGCCUGCCUUCCUGUCCCCAGUGCUCUGUAGGAGUUUGACCACAGGUAUCCUCUUCAUCAGAGAGAGGAAAGCUCACGAUCUGGGAGAACUCCAGGCCUGGCCCAGCGAAGACGUCCUUAUCUUCAGCAGACAUUGCCCAGUGCAAGGGGAGGUCAGUCUCAGGAGACAGUCUCCUGGACAGUGGCGUGGCGUCUGUCCUAAGGCCUUGCCUGCAGCACAGGGUGCCACAGAGGUCCCCUGUGACAGAUUCUCAUGGCUGGGGCAGGCAGGGGUCGCGCCUGCUCCUGCAUGAAGAGGCAGAUAAAGACCCACAGCGUGGUCUCUGGGGUCCCACAUCCCAGGUAGAGAAUGACCCAGGUCGCUGGCGUCUGUGCCAUCUCUGCUCCACUGACCACUCAUGGGGGUCCUGGAGAUCCUGACAGCGGUGUCCGGGGAGCAGCAGCCCAGGCACAGGCCCCAAUGCACACGCAGAUCCCACCGUGUCUGCACAAGGCCUUGUUCCAAUGAGGCCUGGGUGCCGUGUGAGGGCCGGGAUGCUAACACAGCGGAGGGUACCCACGCGUGAGAUGCUCUGGGGUCCCUCCCCAUGUUUCUUCCGGUAAUGAAACUUGUACCCAAAUGGGAUAUGCAGGGUUGCACUGUGCAGUCGCUGUGUGUUUAAGGGUCUCAUCCCCGUGUGCGCCAGCAGGACCACAGCUGGGACCGGCUGCUCCAGAAGUGGGUGGGUUGAGACCCCACCGGCAGCGUCACUGGGGGCAGCAGGCCCUCUGUCAGCACUGACUUCUGUAUCAUGUCAGGGAUUUUUAGGGCGGCAAGCUCAGGUGGACAGGCAGUUUUAUUCUGUUUCCCAUGUCAAGUCCAGCCCCAGACUGACUUUCUGAGGUCACAGACGGAGCCUCACCCCAUCCAAGGCGGUGUCCUGGACUCCCACUGUGCUCCCCAGAGGGCAGGGUGAGUGCGUGGCAUCCUUUUGGCGGGAGUGGGUGCCUCUGUGGACCUGGCGUGAGGCUUCUCUGUUUCUGAGUCUCCUAUGGACCAUCUGUCUUCUGUGUGGCUGCUGAGGAAUCACACUGGCGUGGCCGUGCAGGUGGCUGAAUGAGAACAGGACCCCCAUGCUGCACAGCCCUGCUUAACCCGGGGGUGGCCCCAGAAGCGGGUGGGCGAGGCUGGGCAGCAGGGAUUGGCUGAAAUCAUAUGCAGAGCCCAAGAGGCAGGGGAAAGGCGGCAAUUUCAGGGUCCCUUUGUUCGCCAGGUACCUGGGGCCCAGCCCGGGCGGCAGGAGGGACUCAGCCCCUUGCCCAGGCAGGAAGGGUCCCAAGCAGAGGCCCCUCCCUCAGGCACUCCCCAGCCCACACCUGCAGCACUGGGACCAAGACUAAUAAAACACCCGCUUCACGGAAGACAGCUUUAUCUUGUUGAUCAGAAGUCUGCCAGCCCAAUUUAUGAUGGAACAUAAGAUCUCUAAAUCUGAAUUUAUGCUCUGUAGCGUAACGAGAGGUCAAUAAGAUUGAACGGGGGCUCAGGAGAGGACCAGCGUCAGGCUCACUUCGAGGUGCUGCACAGAAAACCCACAGCCAGAGCCCCUGGGCCCAGCCCAGGCAAGACCAGAAAAGGAGGGCGCAGGUGGGAGACCAGCCUGGGGCUCCCGGGAAGCCCACGGGAUGGAGGCAGGAGAGCCAGGAGGCCUGGGGCAACCCUGGGACGGUUCCUGGAUCGAGGAGAGCAGGGGGGUGAUGAGGGUUCCCUCAGGGCUGGGGAGCCUUCUCCUGGUCUGAGACCCACCCCCCUUCAGCUCCCAAGCCUUGGGUGCCCCUGGCUCUGAGGACAGUUGGGAAUCUUCCCUGAGGCAGGUUCAAGGACAGAGCUGUGACCCUGGCCCAGGGCUGCUUUGGGUGCCCAUGAACUCGGCUUCUGGCUCAGAGCAGUUCCCUGCACCCGUUCCUGAGCCCUCUGUCCUCUGGAACCCGUGGGCAGGGUGAGGGACGGGUGCUCCGUCUGGGUGGGGGCCUGGGCGCCCAGCCAGCACGAGGCUGGCUUGCUGAGCUUAGGGCAGACCCCGACUUCAGAAUUUAUACAAAUAAAUGCAAUGAAAAGUGCUGGCAGCCUGAUCUGAUUACAGAGUCAUUCAUUCUCUGGUCGUUAAUAAUUUGUGCAAUAAAGGACUGCGGCCGCUCGGUGCAGGGGAGGCUGUGGCCCAGCCUUCCCUCCGCGCCGGCCCCGGGAGCUGGAAGCAUAAAUUAUUAGUUUCUUAUCGCUGGGCGUGCCAUCGCUCAUGCUGCGAGGGCCUGGCGGGAGCUGGUGGCUGUUCUGCUGCCCACCCUGGCCGGCUCAGGGCCGGCUCUCAGCUGUCGCCUGGGGCCCUUUGUCACCCCCACCCUGGCCCCCCAGGUGUGGGAGCCCCAGAGCCUGCUCAGGCCUGGAGGCUGCUGCUGGAGCCGGCAACUCUGGAAGCCAGAAAGGUGGGGCUUUAGUGCCUGUCCUCAGACCCUCAGGUAACCAAAGCCAAAUCACUCCCUGUUGGAAACGCAACCUCACAUACCGGGCCACAGCACGGACACCCACGACAGCAGCCCACAGCACGGACACCCACGACAGCGGCCCACAGCACGGACACCCACGACAGCGCCCCACAGCACGGACACCCACGACAGCGGCCCACGGCACGGACACCCACGACAGCGGCCCACGGCACGGACACCCACGGCAGCGGCCCACGGCACGGACACCCACGUCUGCGGCCCACGGCACGGACACCCGCGGCAGCGGCCCACGGCACGGACACCCGCGGCAGCGGCCCACGGCACGGACACCCGCGGCAGCGGCCCACGGCACGGACACCCGCGGCAGCGGCCCACGGCACGGACACCCGCGACAGCAGGCGACGGUGGGGACACUCGCGACAGCGGGCCAGGGCAGGAACACUCACACACCGGGCCACGGCACGGACACUCACAACUGCAGCCCACAGCACGGACACUCACAGCAUGGACAGCAGCCCAGAGGGACCCUUGCCCAGACCCUGACCAGGGGGAAGAGACAGUUGUAUCUGGGUUUGUCGGUCCUCUGGUUGUGGCAGGGCCCCUCUGGGUGGGACUCGGCACCUGUACCUGGGAGCACCUGCUCAGAUGAGGGAGUGGGAGCAGGAACAGCGCUCAUGCUCUCUCCCUGUGUCCAGGGCUGGGGCUCUGGUCUGGCGGGUAGGCAUAGGGCACCUCCCGCCCUCUCAUGCCCUCAUACACCUGCUGCUGGGGUUCCCUGUCCCACCCCAAAAGGGAGAAGCCAAGGCUGAGGCAAGGUUGGAAAAUCAGGGUGGGGACUCUGGAAUCCAGACAUCCCGACAGAGGAUGCAGGAGGAAUCGGCGUGAGCGCAGGGUAAACUCACUGACCCGAACUCUCAGAUGUGCCUCCUGGGCUCAGCUUCCCCUUUCUGGAGGGCUGGGGGUUCCAGAACCUUGCCUUGAAUUUGUGAGGAUGGUGGGACCUGGAGGGCAGGUGGCGCAGAGGGUGUGAGGCCUCACCCCAGGACGCUGUGCCCACUUCUGGCUGUGCAACCUUGGGAAGGCUUCUGACUUCUCUGAACCUCAAUCUGUAAAAUGGGAAUGAAAAUGAAACAAGAUGAAAUUAACAUGCAUUGAGCAUGUGGGGUGGGGCAGAGACAGCCACCUUGCAGCUGGUGAGGCCCUCACAGCAUCUGGUCCUGCCACCUCGCAGCUGGUGAGGCCCUCACAGCAUCUGGUCCCGGAGCCCACACAGCCCCUUGCAGAGACUUCCCUACCCACGUGCAAGCGUUUCGCCCUCCUCCCACGGGCGACCCCAGCUUGGCCGCAUACGUUUUUGCUCAGAACGUCCCCACCUAUGUCCCACCUGCCCUCUGGCUUCGGGAGCGCUGGACACAGCGGUGGCAGGUGCCUCGGUGCCCUUGGACUUGCCCGGUCGUCUGUCGCUUCUGAGGCGGCCCCGUUGAUGGGUGCUCCUUCUCUUCUGGGUGCAUUUUCCUUUUCCUGCUUCCUCGCAUGCCUGGUGAUUUUUGAAUGGGUGACAGGGAUUGUGAAUUUUGCUGGGUGCUGACUAUUUUUGUAGCAAAGCUGAGCAAAGCUGACUUUGCUCAGGACUCCAGAAAGUUACUUGGAAGCUGUUUGGUCCUUUGGGGUCUUGCUUUUAAGCCCUGCUGGGAGGACCAAGGCAGCAUGUAGUCUGGGGCUGACUGUGCCCUCCUUUACCAGGGCACGGCCCUGCUUGGUGCUCUGCUCAGGGGCUGAGGUGCCCCAGCCUGGCUGGUGGACCAUGGACCUUCCACAGUUCCCUCUGGUGAUCUCGGGUGGUUCUCCUCGCCUUCUGUGGUUGCCUUUCAUUUUUUCUUUUUCUUUCUUCUUCUUUUUUUUUGAGACGGAGUUUCACUCUUGUUGCCCAGGCCGGGGUGCAGUGGUGCGAUCUUCGCUCACCAUAACCUCCGCCUCCCGGGUUCAAGUGAUUCUCCUGCCUCAGCCUCCCGAAUAGCUAGGAUUACAGGCAUGCGCCACCAUGCCCAGCUAAUUUUGUAUUUUUUUUAGUAGAAAUGGGGUUUCUCCAUGUUGGUCAGGCUGGUCUCGAACUCCCGACCUCAGGUGAUCCUCCCACCUCAGCCUCCCACAGUGCCGGGAUUACAGGCGUGAGCCACUGCACCCGGGCCUGUAGUUUCCUUUCAUGUGAAAAUGCUGAUUGUCGCUCACUCUUCACCUGCUGUCACCUCACACCUCGGCCUCCCCAGACUCCCAGCUUGGUCUCCUUCCCUGAAGGAGACCCCUGAACACACCUGGGUCCCCAUGCCUGCACCACAGCCUGGACACUGGGGGCAGUGAGCUGGGCAGUCGCGGGGCUCCGCCUCCAUUGUUCCCCAGCCUUGCUCACCUGGUGACGCUGGUGGGAUGGGGGUCUGGCUGCUCCCUCCUGCCUGGACGUCUGUCCCCACUGGUGUGCUCAUGACAGUGCCCUGCAUGCCUGCGGGGCUCUCACAGGUGUUUUCUGAGUGGCCUGGGUGGGGCCCGGGCAACCUGCUGGACAACAGACCCUCAACCCAUCCCCUGCCAACCUACCUCAGCCCUGAGCUCCUGGCAAGGGGUGAGACAGCCUGAACUUCAGCCCAGGGAGGGGUGCGGGGGCUGCCGUCAGGUGCCUGCUGCUCCCUGUGCACCGAAGGUGGGCCACCUGGUUCUUCCUUCUCCAGGACCUCAGGCAGCCCCUGUUACCCAAGGUGGCGGCUCCACUGUGGGGGCCAGGACAGGGGCGGAGGGUGGACAGCACGCCCACUGUGAAUGCCCCGGCUGGGUCCUUGCCUCUCCGAAGGCUUCGUCACCAGGGCCCAGGUGACAGGAGGCUGUCAUUGUGAAGGAGAUUUAAUCUUACAAAACCCUCAGGAGAGCAGUGAAGCCUCAGGGUGCUGGAUUACCCGGAAGUGCACUCUGGGCUGGGGGCAGCAGCCGCGGUCAUAACACGUGUGUGUCACACCAGGAAACCUGUCUGCUAAAGUGUGCACAUGGGCAGGCUGGCAGGACCUGGCUCUGGCUUGCUUGGAGUGGACGUUGGAACAGGUGGCCCCGGGUCUCAGCCUGACACUGCCCGGCACUGUGAGGACAGGGCGUUGCUGACACUGCGGGCUCAGGGUGGGGGUUUGUCUCCACGGCUGACCUUCUGGCCGAAGGAGCGUAUGGGGCAUGGUCUCAAGCAGGUCCCAGGAUCCCUGACCCUCAGCCAGGCCCAGGCCUUGGCCCACGGCCCUCAGAUGAACAGGCAGAGGGGGUCAGGACGGGGUGGACCAGAGCAGGCAGGGGGCCCUGGACAGAAGGGGAGAUAGAAGGGGGCAUGAGGGGCUGUCUCCUUGGUUUGGGGUCUUAAACAGCGUGUGGUUUUCUCUGUUUGAGGGGCAGCCUGCACCCAGAGCCUCCAAUGGGCAUGGCGUGUUUUGAGGGUGCAGGUGAAUCUCUUUACCAGAGGCUCCCCCGGGACAGGGCCCAUUCAGAAGGCCACCUCUCUCAGUGCAGCCAGCAGCAGGGCAGAGCUCUGGGGACCCCAAGCCGGAGGCCCACAUGGGUGGGAGACACUGCCUCCAGUCACCCCUGGGGAGCCAGCGUCUAGGGUCACUCCCGGUGUGGCUCCCUCCCUGCCAGGCACAGUUCACAGAGGCAGCUGCUUUGGGAAGUUUGGUGCCAGACCCCGCCAAGCCCCUGCCCGGGGCAUCUCCUCCGGCACCCUUCGCCGCCGUCUUUCAGACGGCUGCUCUCCCGAGCAAGGCCUGCGCGCCAUCUCCUUUAGGCUCCUGCAGUUCCUCCGCUGGCCUCCAUGCUGCCCCAAGCAGGAGCGUUGGAUCUGUCAUUUCCUGACGUUAACAGUUAACCUGAGGCUCUGCCGCCUGCAGGCUGAACACACUUUUCAUUAUUUCUCCGAUUCCUUCAACUGUCACUGAGCCUGUCUCUGUGCCAGGCGCAGAGCUGCAAACCUAGGAAGACAGUGGUGAGCAGUUCACACUGCCCUUCUUCCUGCUGUGGAGUGCAGAAAAGGAAGCUCCAAGCUUGCACCUGGGGCAUGCAGAGCCACCUUCUGCCAAAGGCUCCUGAGCCUCAUAGUUCAGGAGGGGCAGGAGGGGCUGAUCGCCUUCACCCCAGAACAGCGCUUUGGCGAUCCUUCACGCAGACACCAGUCCCCUCUGUCUAAUCCUGUUCAUCCUUGAUGCCAAUGUCAAAUGCCACUUCCUCCAUGAAGCCUUCCUGGAUCCCUCCAGUCAGAAUGAGUCCAUUGUCCUUCAGCUUCUGAACCCACAUCCUAGCCUUUCCAGAACUGGGCCUGCUGGCUUACACAGGAACCCUGCCUUCAUAACUGGACUGUAGGCCCCACAGGGGUCUCAUCUCUGCUCCAGGGGCCAGCCGGCACUCAGGAGGUCUUGGAAAUAUGUGUCCCGAUGGCUGAGCACUUUGCAAUCACCAUCUCAGGUGACCCUGCAGCCACUGUGAGGUGGGUGCUGGUCCCACCUCCUUCACAGGUGCCAGCUGGCAGGUGGUGGAGAUUUGAGGCCUGAUCCUCUGGACUUCUGUGGUUUAAUCAAAGGAGGCCACAGCUGCUCUGGGCCUCCUCCAGAGCUCAUCACUGUGAUUAUUCAUUAACCCCUUAGUUAUCAGCUAGGACUUCACAGAGAUUCCCGGGCUGAAAGUGAAAGAAAGGAGGGGACCCAGGAGGACCUGGAGGAGGCGCUGGGUGCUGUCCAGCUGCCUGGGCCUGAGCCGAGAGCUGCUGAUCUCUGGACAUCUUAAGUUCCAGGGCUCCAAAGGCUGCUUUGUCCUGCGGACGCACGGCCAUGGGUGCACCAGGUGUUUGAUCACUGACAAUGUAAAGUUCCUUUUUCUCGGUUUUACCCUCUGUAGAAAUGAGGAUAAAAUACUUGGCUUGUACAAUUGUUGAUAAAUUUUAGAUGUUGACCAGCAUAUAGUGGUUGCCCAAUAAAUUGUAAACACGA